AGGCCUGGAAGUCUGAGGGGCAUCGAUAAAGCCAUACAGCAUGACCAAAUAUUCAGUGGCCAGAGGCAGUACUGAAGGUUAUUUCUAUCUGAUUGGCAUCAUCGUUGGCUGAAGCCCAUUCCCUUGUUGCUGGUUAUUCUGCCCCCCAGGAAGCACUAGUGUAGGAGCAUUAGCAGCCUCCCUCUAUAGCCUGGCCCUCCCGACUUUUAGCUUUUUCAUCCCUCUGCACCUGUUCUUGGCUGUCAGACGGCAUGCAGGAGACGUGUGAAUGAGUGCGUUUGAGCGAUUGGGGACGUGUGUGUCCCUCAGAAGGACCAUGACACCAAAGCCUGUGGUGACCGUUACUCCUUGGUGACUCCUCCUCAUGCCUAGUCAGGUGCACAAUGGACGAGAGCACAUUUGAGACAUUUGAGGAAGAGCUUGGAGUGCAACAACAGAAUGUCCCUCAACCAAAACUUCCCAGACAAUCUCAUAGACCAGAAAUGUAUCCACAAAGAAGGAUGAGAGAGGAGCCUCUAGUCAUUCAGCAGCUCCCAAAGUCUCUACCACGUGAAGCUCCGGUCUCAAGAGGCGUAUCAUUACGAAAGUCAUUGUCCAUUCAGAAUGUGGCCCAGACCGAGGUCCCAUGGGAAGGAGUGACACUUAACCGCUGCCUCUUCGUAGCCAUCACUAUUCUGGUGCUCACUUCAGGGUGUCAGAGGCUACACGAGUUUGUAAGAGGUCGCAAAGAUGGGACGGAUCUAGAGCCCAUAGGCACUGUGCUUAGCAUCAGGCAUACUGCGGUGAGGAAGUACCGUGUCCAGGCACCUGAGCCUGAGACAUCGCUGUGGGACACGUUUCUCUGGUGGUUGGGUGACGAUGACGACGAUGAAGAAGGAAGCAGACGAAGCAAUUCAAAGAAGGUGACUCGAGAAAAAGCUACUCGUGGUCUCAGACACAAAGCCAUACCAGACAGGAAACUUCUGAAGGGAAGGGAGGGCAGGUUUAAAGCACGGAGACAUAAAGAAAGACAGGACAAAAAGGAUUGUCCUGAGAUAAUGAAGGCACCAAGAGAGAAAGUGAAAAGACUCGGAGAGAAGAAUCCGAAAGAGGAAGAGAAAGAGGAAGAGGAAGAGAAGGUGGUCAAAUUUAUAAGGAAGGAGAGCAAGAAGAAAGGGACUUAGAAAUGGAAGAAAAAUAUAAAGCAAGAUGAUGCAUUGAAGACAGAAAAGAUGAGUGUGGUGGCUUACAGAUAAAACUAGAGGAAUUAAUUAAAUACUUUUUAUAUAUAUAUAUAUACAGUAUAUAUAUUUGUGAUUGUGUGGUAGAUUGAGAUCUUCAGAUGAUCAAAAGAUCAGCUUUCAGUCUUUUUAAAAAGCAGCAGAUAUGUGGAUGUAAAAUAUUCAAUAAAAAAACAAUUUAAAAUC